GAGUUGUUGACGACCAUCAUGCGUGUCUGGAUCCGCUACUUUGGGCCAAUGCAGAUCAUGAUCCUUGACCAAGAAGGAGGUCUGGUCUCAGAGUUGGCGUCGAGGACCUGCGACAAGCUGAAUAUCAUGAGACGCUAUGCUGGCAUUGACGAUCGCACUAUGAUUGGAAUCGUGGAGAGAUGGAUCGAGCUGAUUCGUCUGUGCGCCAUGAAGCUGAAUCGGACAUGCGCGCUGCAGGGCUUUGAGGUCUCCGAGUUCGACCCAGUGCAGGAUGCCGCCAUGGUUUCCAACGGCGUGGUCAGCAACGGGGGCCAGACUGCAUCACAUAUCGUUCUGGGCUUCACUCCUAGCGACUACUGCGACUUGGAGGCGACCACGUUGGACUCGGUGCAGGGCGCGACCACGAGCUGCCCUGAUCCGUUCCAGGCGGCAGUGCGUCUUCGACCUCUCGCCAAAUCGGAGAUGGCCAGGGCGAUCGUGGAGGGCAGGGCCGCCAGAGCGAGCCGCGCCCGACUGCGGCAGCAGGGGCCCGAGCAGGAGAUGACACCUGGAGACAGCGUGGACGUCUACCGAAUUCCCGAGCGGAAGCGCCAGUCUGGCUGGCGCGGCCCAGCGGAGUUGGUCAAGAUCACGGAAGGUACGGCGAUUGUGGUUUGGAACGGAGGUCCCUACACUGUACCAGUUCGAUAUUCGAAGAGGCAUGUGGCCUACUUCAUGGUACAUCAGGUUGGCGAUACCACGUUACCAGAGGCGAUGCUAAUCGACACCUUCAGGAAUCUCAUGGACAUAUUCGGCAAGAGCACAUGCGGACAGCUCACGCGAUCGGGCAAGACAGUGGGUCAGAAUGGAAAAGUUGGGUGCUCACCAGAUGUCAAGACUCUGAUCUCCAUCCAGCCUUGGAAGCUAUGUAUGCUGACCCACCAGCUGCUAUUUCAGUUCAAGAGCUUGGACGGAGCCUCAUUGUGCUCCAAGUGCGCGGCCUAUGAUAUAGAUCCAAGUAAAGGCGUCGAGAUCAACGACCUAAGCGAAAUUAAGUGGGAGGGCGCGUCCUUCCUCGUUUUCUACUCCCUAUCGACUCAGACGGACCCCUUCUUGGACGAACGCGCGCAGCCGCGCGUUGAUGAUCUAUCUCACAUCGACUCCGCCCCAGCGUCGGUCAUCGUUGUCGACCGUGACGCGGCUGAAAUGAUCAGUCUGGUUCCCGACGUGGCCGAUUGGAUGUCUGAUUUGGAAGCUGCGAUGCACGACAGGGCGGCGAGUCACGACAAGACGAUGCUAGCCCAGACGCAGGUAAUGCAGCAUCCAGCGGAGGUCGACAGGCCCAUCUCCUGCGACUCUCAGUGCACGGACAGACACCGCGACAGGCACCUCCUGUGCAACGCGGUCUUCAGCUUCCGCAGCCUCCGCGACAUGAGCCAGGAACAGCGCGGGACAAUGGGGGCUUCAGGAGUGGGCCAACAUCAGAUCACACUUUGGACGACGCAAUGGACCUCGCGCAAGAACCCGAUUGAGUUCUGGAGCGAGUUGGAGUGCUAG